GCCUCAUCCCGCAAUCCUUAGUUGUGGCUAGAUCGUUACCAUCUGGACAUGCAGCUGAGAAGAGCUGAUACGACCCUUGGCGAUGAUCAAGAGCUGGCCAAUGUCACCUAUAACGACAAGUAUGUCGUGGUCUAUGACUUCGGCAGUGUAGAUCAUGAAACUGCGGUCACUGAGUUCACAGUGUUAAUCAAAGACCUACACUCCGCCGGACUCAACACGGAGGUUCGACAUGGCUAUGAUCAAUCACUCUUGGUUUUCGUACAAGUUCCUCGAGAACUACUUGGUAACACCGUAUAUAAGUCAAGAGUGAAGGACUGGCUCUAUGGCAUCACCAAACAGCACCCUGGCGGCACCGCGUCCAGUGUGGUUGCAGCUAAGUUCGAGGCUGAAGACCUGCUGUCGGUCUUCCACUUAGUCAAUUGGCGCAAAGAGCUUGGAGGAGCAGGCAUCACUCCAGGAUUCGGCCAGUGGGAGAACGUGUCUUCGAUUUUCCCUCUACACAACCAGCCGGUCAACAACCGACUACUCACCCACCUGAGCAAGAAGUUCUUCCUCGAUAUCGCCGACCUCGACCGUAUACGUGAUCUUUGGGGAGCCAAAGUUGCUUUCUACUUUGCGUUCCUCCAGACCUACUUCCGCUUCUUGGCCUUCCCAUGUAUCGCCGGCAUUUUCGCGUGGGCCUUUCUACCGCAGUAUUCGCUGCUCUUCGCGCUGAUGAUAGGUAUCUGGUGUACUGUCUUCCUGGAAUACUGGAAGAUCAAGGAGCAGGACUUGGCGAUCCGCUGGGAGGUGCGAGGGGUUGGGAACCUGAAAGUAAACCGCCCGCAAUUCCAACAUGAAUCCGUCAUCGUCGAUGCAGCUGGCAGGAUGCGUCAGCACUUUCCGAGGUGGAAGCGCAUCGUUCGACAGCUACUUGUUAUUCCCUUUGUAGUGGUCAGCACGGUGUUUCUUGGAGCGCUGAUCGCUAUUGUCUUUGCUAUCGAGACCUUUAUCAGCGAGGCCUACGAGGGGCCGUACAAGUUCUAUCUGGAAUAUUUCCCGACAGUCGUGCUUGGUAUCUUCCUACCAUAUGCAACAAACUUCCUGGAAGAUAUAGCCGACAAGAUGACCGAAUACGAGAACCACCGAACCGCUGACCACCACGAGAUGUCUCUGACGCAGAAGAUCUUCGUACUGAAUUCGGUCACGAAUUACCUCCCCAUCUUCAUCACCGCGUUCCUGUACGUUCCAUUCGGUAGUCGAGUCAUACCUAUGCUGCAAUACUGCAUUGAUACUGUUCUUGGGAGCAAAGAACGGGGGCAGAUCAAAUUUGUUGCAGACCCUGACAGGUUACGCAACGAAGUCAUUGCUCUUACUUUGACCGGACAAGUAUCAGGCGCGAUCGAAGAGCUGGCACUUCCGUGGUUCAAGACGCAGUUCAAGCAGUGGUGGCGCGAUCGCCAGGCGACUAGGGUGCAUCAGCGCGGAGGCUCCGGUCAAGAUAUCGCACCUGACGAUCCAGGAGAGGCCAAAUUCCUUCGCAGGGCGAGAAAGCAAGCGCUGAGGCCCGAAUAUAAUGUUCAAGAUGACAUUGCCGAGAUGGUCAUACAGUUUGGCUACCUGGCCUUGUUCAGUCCUGUCUGGCCGCUGGUCCCUAUCGGCUUCUUCAUCAACAACUGGUUCGAGCUCCGCUCUGACUUCCUCAAGAUCUCUGUCGAGUACCAACGCCCCGCACCCACACGCAGCGACGGACUGGGACCCUGGAUCUCAAGCUUGGAGGCUUUGACUUGGCUCGGUAGCCUGUCCAGCGCUGCUAUCGUACACCUGUUCGGGUCGCAGAAGUUCCUUGGCGAGCGCAUGGGCCUGGGCCUGUGGGCUAGUCUGCCCAUUACCAUCCUGAUAUCCGAACACAUCUUCAUGGCCUUCAGGGCUGGCGUCCGUUUCUCGCUGGCCAAGCUCGGCUCAGAGCAGAUCAGAAAGGAAAGAGCCGAACGAUACGCAAAGCGCAAACGUACGCUAGAUGAGCUCGAGGCUAACGCCGAGAAACCGUCACUUCUCGGUGUGGCAGAGAUUCAACGACGGAAAAGCGUCCGCAUCAUGGCAGCGGACCUGUUUUGGACAAGGCAGGCUGACGAUGAAGCGAGUGAGAAUGCCGGUCUGGCCAUUAUGAAGGCUGCGAGGAGUGCGCAGGAAGAGAAGGAGAUCACCGGACGUGAGAACAAGAUAGACUGAGUGCUGGCACCAGCAUAGUUGCGACCCUCAAUUCAAAUUGAAGUAUCGAAUAAGAAUCGCGUAC